UAGGGGUUGUCAGUUGCAAGUUGGGAGUCGUGGAAGCAGCAAGAAGGGUGUAAAUAGUUUGUUCAACGACUCUGCGAUACCAAACGACCAUGUAUUUUAAAAGAUAUCUUAAGAAUAUGAUUUCCAGGUGGACAAGGCACCUUGUUAGGACUAUCAUAAUGGAUUUGGCACUCAUAUUUCAGAGAUGUUUUAAAAUCGGGGCCACAAAUGAAAUGCUAUUAGACUUCAGCAGAAUAUUCUGCUCCACACCAACUUUUCACAAAACAUCGGCAGUACCUGUGAGAGUGAAGAGUACUUUCUCUUCCAUCAAAAGGUUAAACAGGAGAAGCAUUGACAACAGCUUUGAAGGAAGAGCAAGGCGUGAACUAUUCCAAAGUUCACCAAUUAAAUUCCUAAUGGAAACUGAUAGAAUUUGUAAACUUCCGAAAAAACAUAAAUCAAAAAAAGAAUAUUCCAUGAAUAAUCAGAGAAGAUUACGCAUAUAGAUUUUAUUUUUGUAAUGAAAUAUAAAUGCCAAUUUAUAUAAUGUGAUAUGUUUCUACAUUUUGUAUAAUAAAUUUGCUUGAUUCUUUUAUGAUAGCAUCAUGUAUAAACUUGUAUAGAAAUUUACUCACACACCUAUUGCUG